CGGGCCGGGGGCGCGGACGGAGCGAGGGGCGAGGACCGGGACCCGGCUCCGCGGUUCCUCAAGACAGAGACGCCCAGUUCUGGGAUGAGCUCCUGAGCAGCACAGAGCCAUUGCUCGUGCAGUACGUGCCGUGUGGCCAGAGCAUCGGAGAGAAACGACCCUUCAGGUGCUGGGAAACCCCUAUUCCAUCCAUGCUGCCUUGGUCGCUGGUCCAGGCCACCAGCUGAGGAGAUGGCGCAGAGCACCCCGCUCCAGCCCAGCUUUGAGGACGUUCUUUGUAUUCUAUCCCGUGUCCCUCCAGAAAAACUCCUGAGCCUCAAACAUAAACUGAACUUGGUAUUCAGGCCCAGCAGCAAAUUGUUGCAAGCCAUGAUUCUGCUUGCUCUGGGGCAAGAAACGAAGGCAAGGAUUUGUCUGGAUGUCUUGAGGGAUAACCGGGCAGCCCAGUAUGUCCACCAGACCACACUGGGUGCUGCAGGAGCACAGAAAGAUGGGGAGGAUUUGCAGCCUCCCAAGCUAGAUGCAGGUGCCAUGGAGCUUCUGGCACAGAUCUACACGGCGCUGGGGAAGGAGAAACUGUGCAGCCCUGAAGCCAUGGAGAAGGCCUGCCAGGCUGCCAGAGAAGCCCGCAACGCCAGCAAGGAAGUGCCGGGAGCACUCCACAGCAUUCCACCCAGGGACAAGGGAGAACACGGCCCUGCUGCCAGCGUGGGCUCAGGUGACAAAGAGCAGAUGCUGAGUUCUGAUGCAGCCGGAUUUCUCCUUCCAGCCACCCCAAAGUACAUGGUGAGGAGUUCUCCGGUGCAGAUAGGAAUCCACUCAGACCUCUCACGCCUCUCAAGCCCAAAGAGUCUGCACUCUGUGGAAAGCUCCUUGGAGAACCUCUCUUUCCCCAGCCACUUGGAGAUCAGCGCAUCACCAACAGCUGCUCUGCACAGCCGGGCCUCCUGCCCAGAGUGGGCACAACAGCCUGACGGGGACAGGCAGAGCCAUGGCCUGCAGGAAGCCUCCGGCCCCGGCCCCAGCUCUCAGCCUGCCCAAGUCUUCCGAGCAAUGAAUGCUCCACAGGCCCGUUCGUGCCAUCCGACAGUCCCAGUUCCUGACAUGGAGCUGCCCACGAUGGGUGCUGUGAACCAACCUGGGGAAAGCAGCGAUGUCUCCAACACAGUGGCAGCAAAACCUCAGGCACCGAAAGAAAACACAGACAAAAAGCAAGGUGAAAAGCAACCAUCUACAGGGCUUCCUGCCUCAAGGGCUGCCGUGGACACUGGUCCUGCCCACGUGUCCAUGGAGGAGCCCCACGUUUCAGGAGGCAUUCCUCCUAACUCUGCAUCUGCUUCCAUUUCAACCCGUUCACUUCCUCCUCCUCCUACCUAUUCCUUCGCCUCAACUCUUCCCCCUCCUGAGGGACCUCGUUCCAGCUCACCAUAUCCCCUGCGCUCCCAUUCAUCCCCGUCUCCUGCCUGGCCUCCUCCUCUCCAAACUGCGGAACCAGCUCCCACACCGGGGCUGGAUGGUGGGAAGUUCUUCACUUUCGUUGUCCUGCAUGCCAGUGAAGAUGAGCUUGUUGCCCGUCGGGUCAAGGACCUGCUGGAGAACAUGGGGGUGCCCAAUGGUGCCACGCUCUGUGAGAACUUUGCCAUUGCUGGACGCAGCCAUAUGACUUGCUUCCAGGAUGCUAUGGAAAACUCUGCUUUCAUCAUCCUUCUGCUGACCAAGAACUUCCCGUGCGACCUCUGCAUGUUUCAGACAAACACUGUUCUGAUGGAGUCCAUCAUGAAUCCAUCCAAGGGCGACUCAGUCAUCCCUUUUAUACCCCAGGAGAACCCCUUGGAGUGGGGUCAGAUUCCUGCUGUGCUUGGAGGGCUGACACCCUUGGAUGAGAAAUCUCCUGGCUUCUCCAAGACGGUGCAGAACACCUUCACCACCAGCAGGAUCAAUGAGAAGAAAGACUCGUGGGACAUGCUGCAGAGAAAGAAGCUCCAGCUGCGAGAGGAGCGGCACCGAAUGCUGCAGAACGUGGCCGCCCUCAACCUUGGCUCCAUCCCUCCCUCAGCAACACAGCCCCCGCUGCUGGAGCAACCACCCCGACAGUGGUGGUCCCCGGCUGGAGGUGGCCUCGGGCCUGCUCGCAUGGGGUCUCCUCCUGACCAGCCCCCAUCAGGCCACUACAACGUGCUGCCAGGUCCAGGAGGGAUCCCACCCCUCAUCAUCCAGAACGCCCGAAUGGUUCAGAUCGGGAACCACAACGUGAUGCAGGUGGAAACCCUCACACCAGGUGCAGAGGGCCCUGAGGAAGGCUCCAGGCAGAGCGUUUGAGGAGAGCAGCAGCAGCUCAGCCACGGCUGGAGCUGCUCACGCGUGGUUUUAAACCCCAGAUGUGUGAUUGUGCUGGGACUGGGACUACUCUUACUUCCCUGUGGGUUAAAAGUGCCACUUCCUGGAGCCCAGGAGAAAAUGACCUGCUUUUGUGUUGGACAAAAGAGGCUGCAGCCUCCUGCGACACUUUUCCUUGUGCUUCUUUAUGAGUAAAUGAGAAAACACUUUUAACUGAGAAAACUCUUGAUUUUGAGGCCA